AUGGCUUCUGAUUCUCAGACCGCAACUGCAACUACAUCUGAAAAGCCAAUGGAGAACAAGGUGAACGAGGAGGCUAGUUUGAUGGAGAAAAAGAUUGUUUUGGUGGAAACUGUGGAUGUGGUGAAGGAUAAACCUGUUUCAGACUCAAACCUGACGGUUGAUAAGGAAGAGGAAAUUGAUCAGACUCCUGCUGGUGAACCGGAGAAAGAACUACCUGCAGAAGUGGAUGAGGCUGCAGCAGUUGUGAAAGCAGAUGAAUCUACAGAUAAUGAGAAGGUAGCUGAACAAGUGGAACUUAAAGAACCAACACUUGUGAAAGAGAGUGUUGCAGAGGUUAUUGUUCAAGCAGUUGAUGAGGAGAAACCAGAAGGGAAAGGAAAAGAUGAAAAUGAUGAGGAGAAGGUAGCUGAAGAAGUGGAGCUUAAAGAACCAACUCUUGUGAAAGAGAGUGUUGAUGAAGUUGUUGUCGCGGAGAAAGCAGAAGAGAAGCUAGCCGUGGAGAGUGUUGCUGAAGAAGACAACAAGGAUAAGUUGGAGGAGAAGAUGGUUGAUGUUUCUGAAUCAACAGAUGAGGUUGGAGGCAAACAGGUGGAACCAGUUGAUGUUCCACUUUCUGGAGAAGUAUCUGCAGAGACUGUAGAUGUUGAGGUUCUUGAAGUUGUGGCAAAGCCAGAGACUUCUGAAGAAGUUGAGGCUCAGCCUGAGAAAGCAAAGGAAUUGGCACCAGAAGUUGAAGUAGUAAAAACACCUGAAACAACAGAACAAGCUAAGGUAGAGCUUGAAGGGAAGCUGGAUGAUAGUAUUGUUGAGACUAAAGACUCCUCUAUCAACUCCAAGGAUGAACAGACUUCUGAAUCUGGUUCUGCUUUGUGCCCUAAAGAAACUGUACCGAUAAGCCAAGAUUCGGACACUUCCCCCAAAAAGGAGCCUGAAGGAGACACUUGUUCUCUUCCUGAUGUCACUGAGAAGACUAUUACUGAAGAGAAUCAUUUCGUGAAUGAACCAUCAAAAGAUGAAAAAGCUUCUGAAUCUGUUUCUGCUACUUGCCCUGAGAGAGUUGUUGCGACAAACCACGUCUCAGACACAAACCCUGAAAAGGAAGCUCAAGGAAACGUUUCUUCUCCUUCUGAUGUCAUUGAGAAGGCCAUUACUGAAGAGAAGCAAGUGGUGGAAGAACCAUCAAAGGAGAAAGUGAGUGAAGAAGCCAAAGAUGUUGUAACUAACCUGGCUACAGAAGAUGAGAACAUCACGAAAGAUACUGAAACACCUACUGCAGAGGGAAAGAGCCAAGAGACUUUGAAAGAAACUGAUACAAAAUCAAUUACAGAGAAAGUAGCAGAGGUUGUAGAAACAGCAACUGUUGCAAAAGAGAUCGAUGAGGAGAAACAAGAACCAGAAGUCACAACCAAAGAAGUUAAACAUUCAAGAAGCAUUAUGUCAAAGGUGAAGCAGUCUCUUGUUAAGGCAAAGAAAGCAAUCAUUGGGAAGUCUCCAAGCUCUAAGACUAUCUCCACUGAAGAAACCAAAGAAGAGAUCAAAGCCAAGUGA